ACGUGUCGGUAUGUGUUAUUAAAUUUUGACAUAUAAUUUUAAAAUAUGCAAGAAUUGUUUUGAAUAAUUUGCAGUCGAGGAAUGUAAUACUAAAUUUAUAUUUCCAUUCAAAUAGAAGUAAUAUAUCAAAAUGGGCUUAUGUAAGUGCCCUCAACGUCGUAUGACAAAUCAAUUUUGUUUUCAACAUAAAUCUAAUGUUUGCGAAUAUUGUAUGAUACAUUAUCAUCCAAAAUGUAUUGUUCAAUCAUAUCUGCAAUGGCUUCAAGACAGUGAUUAUGAUCCAAUUUGUCAACUUUGUAAAACUAAAGAAUUAGAAGCUGAAGAUUGUAUUCGACUUACAUGUUAUCAUGUUUUUCAUUGGAGUUGUUUGGAUUCAUGGGCUCGUAAUCUCCCAUCUGAUACAGCACCUGCAGGAUACAAAUGUCCAUCGUGCUACAGCCCAUUAUUUCCUCCACCUAAUUUAAUUAGUCCCGUUGCGGAUGUUUUAAAAGAAAAGUUAGCAGGAGUUAAUUGGGCCAGAACUGGACUUGGAUUACCAUUGUUAACUGAACAUGGAAAUGAGUCUAAAUCAAGAUUGUAUGCUCCAAUUUCGAUACAAACAAGUAAUUUAACAACUUCAUCGUCUACUGCACCUGCAUCACCACACUCAAUUGUUCAUGUACCAGAUGUUGAGAAAACGGUAGCAUUUAGUAGAACUGACACGUCAAAUGCUACUUCGGCACCACGUCGAACACAUUUAUCAGAUACACCAAUUCUUUCAAGAGAUAUGUUAUUCGAUCAUGAUGAAAACAAAUAUAAACGGCGACCACCUGGAGAAUGGCUUCUUCGAAAAUGGAAGAGUAUAUGGUCUCCAGGACGUGGUCGUAGACAUUGGCGUCCAUUUUUAGCAAUUACAAUAGCAUUGUUGAUAGCAUUAUUUAUAUUGGGAAUGAUUGGACGAUAUUCAAUUGAUGAUAAUGAUCCAGCAUUUGAUGUCCGUCAAAAUCCACAAGUGAAAAGUAUUGAUAACAGAUGAAAAGGUGCAAUAUAAUUAAUACAGGCGUCACUACGCGCCACGCCACGCUAUGCAUUACUAAACAUUACAACAUAUAUUGUUAUAAUUCAAGUAUAAUGUAAUAUUAUGUGAUUUAUUAUU